AUGGCAUAUGUUCUCAUUAAAAACCCUGGUACCAAACAGUGCAAAUUGUGCCCACACCCGACGUUCCUAGUCGAAUUGACUAAGCACUUAGUUGGCGUGCAUGGCAAGGACUUAGCAGAGGCCAAGGAGUUGAACAAGCAGAAAACGGCUAAUCAGAAUGCCGUGGUCCGUAUCAUCUACUCCAGACAUGUUCUGCAGCAUGCAUUCCCAUCCUUUGGGGAGGAUGCUAUCUUCACUGGCAAGGACGUAGAAAAAAUUCUACAUGGCCAUGAGGAUGUGAUGGACCAACCCUGGCCACGCCAAACCGGGACAGCCGCUCCUCUCAGUGCAGUGUUCCGAUCCGCCCCAUUACACAUGCCUGAAAUGCUACCCUUGGCUCAUUCUGCCGUAGAGUCUCGACCCUCUACCAGCCCAGGUGUAGAUGCCCCCCUCCCGGCUCACGCAUUUUUAAAUUCCCUAGAUGUCCCUGGUGUUUCUGCCCCCCAGGAAAGCUUCACUUCUGACAAUGUCACCCCCGCCCCUCCUCCUGGCACUGCCGCUUCCACUUCUGGCACAGAGGCUUCACCCUCUAAUCUUCUACGUGCCCCUUCUCCCUGCAGCAGUCUUUCCUCGAGGGCCUCCGAGGAUUUAACGAAAGAGGAUUGCUGGCUUCGUUUAAAGAAAGUAGCCCUCGAUAUGUUCCCAGUGGCCCAUGACAGAGAAAUCCCCAAACAACACACAGUCUUUGCCACCUUUAAGGACCUCGCCGAGUUCAAGCAACUAGGUGGCGUGGAUGAUAAGGGCGUGCUGGCACCUGAGGGCAAAAUCAUCAUCAAGACGAAAGGCCCACUACCAAACCGAGGAAAUGGAGUUUUCGCUAUGCGGAGGCACACGAAAGGUCAGGUGGUCAUUGAUAAUGGCGGACAGUAUCUUUCCGGCAAGGAGGGGGAUGCCAAAUAUUAUGCAGGCUCUGAUGGAGGCAUGGGCUACAUGAUUAAGUUUCGGUUUGGUGACAAGUGGCACUACAGAGAUGCUUCCACGGACGACGGCCACAUGGGGCGGCUGAUUAACCACAGCGCCUGUUGCUCCAACGUCAAAGGUAAUCCCAUUGAUAUCUUUGGGGAUGGCAAACCGGUCAUAGUCUACACAGCGACCAAGGUAAUUUUUCCAGGAGAUGAAAUUCUACUUGACUACAAUGAUAGUCAAUCAUCUGCCGAGUUCCUGAAGAAAUGUCCCGUUUGUCAAGGAGAUCCGCUCCGAAAUAAUGCACUGGUUGCUGAGCCGGAUAAUCAACCACCCAAGAAGCGUAGGAAACGGGUCAUUUAG